ACUGCGUCGAUUGUUGAUAUUCUGUCAUAAAUCGAACACAGACAGCUAUCGGACAACUUGAGCCAAGACGCUACAGGAUCAUCAGGCAGGAUGAACUUCCUGGGGGGCAUCUUGUCUUCCGUCUCCUCUGCCUUAUUCGCCAAGCCUUACAAAGUGAAGGACGUGCCCCUGUCGGACUACAGCGGACGCAGUGUGGUAAAGCUGAAGGAGGAUGGCAGAAUAGUCCUCUACAAGAACACGCAGUCAUGGGACUGCCUGCUAUUGUGUCCCGAGACCCCCGCCACUGCUUUGCGGUUGUUCCAGGUCCAGCAGGAGGAGGACGCCAUGAACUGGUACCCCCAGUACGCCCUCAAACUCCGCCCAUUCUACGAGAUGCUCCCGGCGCUAAAACCCGACGCCAUCCAGCCGGUAGUGGACUGUCUGCGCAGCCAUCCUGACUGGAGCUCCGCCCACAUCGCCGUGGAAACGGGACUGAGGGAGUGCCUGAAGCACAACUAUGUUCUCAGCCAGAUCAACACUCGUGAUGGCCAGGGUCAGACCCCGCUGCACCUCGCAUGCGAGCAAGGAAACGUCGACUGUGUUCGCGAGCUCCUGGACGAGUGUCAGGCUCGCACCGACGUCACAGACAAGAACGGAGACACGCCCAUGCACUGCGCCGCUAAACAGGACACGGCAGCCGUCAUAGAGGUGCUGUGCUGCCGCCUGUGUGCCGGGGUGAACGAGCCCAACUUGGCGGGCGAGACGCCCCUGCACGUGGCCUGCCGGCUGGGGCGCGCAGAGGCCGUCAAGUCCCUCCUGGGCGGAGGGGCCAAGUGCGACGUCCUCGGAGGAAACUGUUACCCCAUCCACACGGCCAUGAAGUACAGCCAGAAAGGCUGUGCGGAGGCCAUUUUGAAUGUGGAUCCCGCUCAACUUCAGGCAGAGGACCCCAUGUACGGAGGCACCCCGCUACACUGGGCCAAAACAUCAGAGAUGGCUCGUAUGUUGCUGGAUCGAGACUGCGAUGUGAACUACCUCAGCAAGACGGGGGAGAGCCCGCUGCACAUCAUGACCAAGAAGGAUCGCUUCGAGGCCUCCAUGGUGUUGCUCACGCACGGCGGAGACCCCAACAUCCGAGGCCCCGACGGGAACACCGCCCUGCACCUGGCCAUGAAGUUGGAUCACAUGGACCUGAUCAAGGCUCUGAUCGUGUUCGGGGCAGACGUGGAGGUCCACAAUGACCUGGGAGAGACGCCAGGCCUCAUCGCAGCACGCAGCAGCAAAGGCUCCAACAGAAAGAUUCUGCUGGACAUGCUGUGUAGUGUAGGAGCAGAGCGCUGCCACCCUCCAUCCGCAGAGCUGCUCUCUCCCAGCAGGAAAGCCACCUCUCCAGGCAUAGGUUUUGAGGACAUGAUGCAUGUGACUGCUGCCAUGACGGCGAUGAGCGGGGGCCGAGGGGAGGUGGACGGCAUCUCGCGAGGCAGGAAGGACAGGCUGUUAUGUCUGGACGGGGGCGGGAUUAAGGGUCUGGUGCUGAUCCAGAUGCUAAUCGCUCUUGAGCGACAGGCCGGUCGGCCAAUCAGAGAGCUCUUCGACUGGGUGGCCGGAACCAGCACCGGAGGCAUCCUGGCACUGGCAGUCAUACAUGGCAAAGACAUGCCGUACCUGCGCUGCCUGUACUUCCGCAUGAAGGAGCAGGUGUUCAAGGGGUCGCGACCUUACGAGUCGGCCCCCCUGGAGGACUUCCUGAAGAAGGAGUUUGGGGAGAACACCAAGAUGGCCGACGUCAAACACCCCAGGGUGAUGGUGACGAGUGUCCUGGCUGACAGACACCCAGGGGAGCUGCACAUCUUCCGGAACUACACUCCGCCGCCCCUGCAGCACAGCCCACCGUACGCCUCCACAGCCACCUUUAAGCCUCUCACCAUCCCAGAGGGAUGGGAAGAUGAGGAUGUGUUGGUUGUGGGAUACACUGUGGAGCCCCAGAGAAAACGUAGGAAGGUGACGGAUGAAGAGCAACUAGUCUGGCGUGCAGCCCGUUCCAGUGGUGCCGCCCCUACUUACUUUCGGCCAAUGGGGCGCUUCCUUGACGGAGGCCUGUUGGCCAAUAACCCGACGCUGGACGCCAUGACUGAGAUCCACCACCACAACAAAGCCCUGAAAGGACAGGGCCGUGUGUCGGAGGUGAAGGGGCUGGGCGUGGUGGUGUCGCUGGGCACGGGGAAGCCGCCCCAGGUGGCCGUGAGCUCCGUCGACGUCUUCCGGCCCUCCAACCCCCUGGAGCUCGCCAAGAGUUUCGUCGGGGCCAAAGAGCUGGGCAAGAUGCUGGUGGACUGUUGUACAGACUCGGAUGGCUGUGCGGUGGAUAGAGCUCGGGCUUGGUGUGAGAUGACUGACAUGAUCUACCACAGGCUGAGUCCUCAGCUGUCCGCGGAGGUGAUGUUGGACGAGGUGAGUGACGCGGUGCUGGUAGACAUGCUGUGGGAGACGCAGAUGUACCUCUACGAGCAGCGAGAACAACUCCAGACGCUAGCACAGCAGCUGCUGCAGGCCUGAAACGUACACGCAUGCAGACACACGCACGCACACAGGCACACAUAUGAUGCAUUUAUACAGACACACACACAGUAGGCCUACAUGAUGCAUCCAUACACGCACACACACACACACACACACUUGGGGAGUGCGGUGGGGGGGUUCCAAGAAGAAGGUCCUGUGACUGAAGUUAAUUUUGAGUCAUUAAUAUACUCAUUUAUGAGUCAUUGCAGCUUUAUUCCUUAUGUAAAACAAAGUCUUUGGGCACUUAUGUACUUGUAUUAAAAGAAUAUCAAAUUCUCCCAGAGAUUGUACCUAGAAUGUAAGAAGCAUGUUGUGAGUCUACAUUUUACCCCAAUACUGGGGCACAGAGCGUCACCAAUCCCAGAGAUCAUAAAUUACUCUUUUGUCUUUAUUUCCCCAUCAAAAUACCCAUAGUGCUCUUGCAUUAAUAGAGAAUAUCCCUACAGAAGAAUGUAAGUAGUACUAAUGCCUUGUUCAGACCAAGAGCGACCUACGCUAACGGAGCAAUGGAAGUCAUUAUUUCUCUAUGGAGGGUACGCGACCAGCGCUACCAGGCCGAAUUCGCCAGGGGCGAAGCGAACUGAGCGACCAGAGCGAAUUUUAACGAUUAAAGUCAAGCUAAUCUUAUGGAAAUGAGCUAUGACGCAGUCCGGCGAAAAGCAAUCGGAAUGUUCAAAUAAACGAAUGUCAAGCCAGAGCCAUUAUGUGAUUAGCUAAAUCAAACAUGUCAAUGCCGAAUACAAACAUGUCAAUGCCGAAUACAGCGAAUUCAAGGCGAAACUUCUUCUGCUACCUCCGCUACCAGGCAGCGUAGUUCGCUCUUGGUCUGAACGAGGCAUAAACCUUUAUGAAGGAGCAUCCCCCAGAAUGGAGUGCAGAGCAUCACCCAGCCCUGAUACAGAUAGAGGCUGGAUCACACCAUGAUCAUGUUUGUUUGGAGUGUGUCUGUGAUGUUUGUUCCAAGUCCCUUGUGCAUUGUGACUUUUUGUUUUACUCAUUUGUGGAAGUAGAACAACUGACGUUAAUAUUCAGGGAAAAACGUGUAUCAUCACUAGCUUAGCGUGUUUGUGAGUGAGUUUUAAUGUGUAGCGUGUGUGAGUGUGUGAUAGUUAAAUUAAAUUAACAUUAUGUACGUUUGUGUUUGUGAAAGACAACUUGAAGCAUAGAUUGAUGCAGUCGUUUUCUCCAUCUAAUGUUAUGUGGUAUUUGCAUAGGAUGUGAAGUGCUGGUUGCAGCUUGGGAUGGUACAUGUCAGACAUGUUGGAGGAAGUGCUUAAAAAAGAACAAUAAUGCCUAC